AGUAAAUUGGUUGCGGUCUACAUUACCCAUAAGGCAACGCUACAACCCCGGAAGCCCUUUUCGUUCUUUCCGCUGUUGCUGAAAUCCCUUUUGGAUUUACACCGGCGGCCAACAUGGCAGCCCUCAGACCCCUAACAAAACCCAAGAUUGUCAAAAAGCGAACAAAGAAAUUUAUUCGCCACCAGUCUGAUCGAUAUGUCAAGCUUGCGAAAAACUGGCGCAAACCCAGAGGUAUUGACAACAGGGUCCGCAGGAGGUUCAAGGGCCAGAUGUUAAUGCCCAACAUCGGUUAUGGUAGCAACAAGAAGACCAAGUUCAUGCUGCCAACUGGUUUCAAAAAGUUCCUUGUGCACAAUGUCAAGGAGCUCGAGGUCCUGAUGAUGAGCAACAAGACUCACUGCGCUGAAAUCGCCCACAACGUCUCCUCAAAGAACAGGAAGCUGAUUGUGGAGAGAGCGGCUCAGCUGGCAAUCAAGGUCACCAAUCCCAACGCCCGGCUCAGGAGCGAGGAGAACGAAUAAACUGGUUCACAAUAAAUUCUUUAAAAUCAAA